AUGAUGUCGACGAGGAUGAUUUUCCAGAGGCUCACUGUUGUCUCCUUUCUGCUGUUGUCAGCAUCGACGUUCGCAUUGCCCCAUCAUCCUACGGGAGAGAACGCAUCUUCUGAUAGUGAUAAUGCGAGCUGCCAAUCGUUUUACCCGGACAGUGCUAUUCUGGAAGCCAUAGCAGGCACUUACUCACUGAUCAAUACCACUAGUGCUUUGAAUGGAGAGCCAAUUCCUGAUGAAGCAUAUGGUGAGCACCCGGUUGGGAUCAUCACAUAUAGCAAAAGUGGCUGGAUGUCAGCUACUAUUACGGCCACAGAACCAGAGCUCCGACCGAACUUGACCUUUCCAUUCCAGCCAGAGGAUGCCGAGACGGACUGGGCGCUGGUAGGGAAGCAUUCGAUAGGCUAUGCCGGGCCGGUCACUAUUUCGCGUGACAUUCCGGCGACUCCGAUUCGUGGUCAGAUCUUUCAUGGUCCGCUGACUGUCGCUAAUGUGCCAUCCUGGGUCAAUACUCUGCAGAGGAGGAAUUAUACCAUUCACAAUACCGCCGAGGGGAAGUUGUUGAACAUACAAAGCGUCCGUGGUGGUGGUUAUACCGGAGAACUUUGGUGGAGAAAAGUUGACUGA